GAUAUAAAACGUUAAAGCACGUAGAAGUGAAUUCAUCCAAGAGGUUAUUUUUCGUAACGGUACAAUAUGAGUUUUAAAAAGACAAAAGAGAUGAUAGAAGAAGGGGACGUUAUUAUUUUAUAUUUAGGACCUGGUAAUAUGCAUUCGUUGGAAGUGACUCCGAAAACUUUGAACAAGAAGGGUGUUAUGGUAGAAAACGUUUUUCAAACUAUCUAUGGUGCGCUCAAAGUGGUGUCCCUUAUCGGCCAAAAAUAUGGUAGCAAAGUACAAUUGUCCAGAGGAUGGGGAUACGUUUUACAACCUACUCCAGAGCUUUGGACUCUAACUGUUCCACAUAGAACACAAAUUAUUUAUAGUCCAGACAUAAGUUUAAUUAUACACUUGAUGGAACUUUCACCAGGCCAAACAAUCAUUGAGACAGGUACUGGAAGUGGUUCUCUUUCACAUGCAUUAAUUCGUGCUAUACGUCCAGCUGGUCAUCUUUAUACGUUUGAUUUUCACGAACAGCGUGUAAAUAUCGCUAGCGCAGAAUUUAAGAGGCAUGGUCUUGAUGAUUUCGUUACUGUAGAAUGUAGAGACGUUUGUGCUGAAGGGUUUGGAGAAACAGUGGAAAACAAAAUAGAUGCGAUAUUUUUAGAUUUACCACAUCCGUGGUUAGUGGUAAAGCAUGCGAUAAAUGCGUUAAAGAUAACAGGAGGGAAGUUGUGUUCGUUUUCACCAUGUAUCGAACAAGUUCAAAGAACUUGUGCGGAACUUGCAUUAGAAGGUUUUAUUGAAAUAAGUACCUAUGAAUGUUUGCAAAGAGAAUUAACUGUACAGUAUAAGAAUUUACCUGUUUUAAAUUUAGAUUGUUUAAAAUAUAAGCAAGAGUAUGAAAAAAUGAAACAAGCAAAUGUAAAAGAGAAACAAGAACAAGAGAAAUUUUUGACCGUAACUCAUGCUCAUUCGUUGCCUGGUCAUACAGGUUUCAUUACAAUUGCAACAUUAUCACCAAUACAUGCAAGAUCGCUUAAAGAAGAAGAAGACAAAUUUUAAUGCAAGAAAUAAAAUUAUAAAAUGUUAAAUAUAGACAAUUUGAUAACUUAACUUUAUUGUUAUUGUGCAUAAUAAAUACUACUUUGUAUUCUUCUAGUCAAAAAAACUUUUUAUUAUGACAUAGAAAGUUAUGCAUCAAAGAAAUUAAGUAAAAGAAGAAUACUAUAAAUUGACAAAUUUACUUUGUGUGAUUCAUAAUUUACUCCAUUCAUAGUUUACUAAAUUUUAUACAUUCUUUUUUAUUGUACUUGUCACAGAACACAGCAAAUUUACAAUUUGUACAUUUAUAAAAUUUACGAUAUAUCCAAUUAUUAGUUCGAAUUCCUGUUAAGUUGCAGAUCAAAAAUUUGUUGAUCAACUACAAAAUAAUUACACUUGUAUACAUACGUAAGGCAAUAAAUAAAGAGAAGCAUAAGAAAUAAACUUUUUAUUUGAUUGCCUAUUUUUUCUUUCUUUCUUUUUUUUUUUUUUUUUUUUAUACAUGUACAAAUUCUUGUUUGAAGACAAGCAAUAAUGACCGCGAGAAAAAAGAUAUGUUUUUUCUUUGCGCUGUGAAAUACCUAUGAAGUUCUAUUUAACGGUGGGAAA